AGUGCUUCUGAGGGCAGCCGACUGGCCGCGCCGCUGGCCUCACCCUCUGACGGAUGCUCGAACCCGCAGUCCACGAUGGCCCUCAGCAGCUCCGGCUUGAGCAGGAAGUCCCUGAACCCGGACGAGUGGAUGGAGACGUACGAUCCCUUCACGCCCUCCUUCCGGUGCGUCAGCGCCUCCCCGACGACGCCCCCGAGCCCGUCGCCGACCACUUCCACCGUCCACCUCGUCCUCCUCGUAGUCCAAAAGUUCGUUCUCAACGUCAUUCUCCGUCAUCCUGGAGACACGCGGGACAACCCAGAGCUCAGUUUACCUGGUGAAAUCUGUUCCUAGUUGUGGAACAGUCCCGCUCUUGAUUCGACGGACGGAAGUGGUGUAAUGUCGUGCUUCAGUGGAGAUCCAAAUUUCUGUGCGGAAUGCGGGACUAUUCUACCUUUGCCGGGGCCGAAGGACACUGUCACUUGUGUCCGCUGCAACUUCAGUGUCUCAGUCCGCGAUUUUGCAGGCCACGUGAUCACUUCUUCCAUUGUCUUCAAUCCUGUGGAAUCGUCCUCUAUUGCCAGGGAAAGUGAGGACUCAGAACUCAAGGGACCAGUGAUUGACAAGCGCUGCUCUCGCUGCAAUAAGGAAGGGAUGGUGUAUCACACAAGACAGAUGCGGUCUGCCGAUGAAGGGCAGACAGUCUUCUACACCUGUAUACACUGCAGGUAUCAAGAAAAAGAAGAUUCUUGAGAGGUGCACGAUGGAUGACUUAUGCCCAGAAGAAUUUUCUCUUGUUUGGAGUCAAUGAACCCAAAAUCUGCCACGGUAACCAGUGAAUGGCACUGGUGAUGCAUUUAAAACUAAUAAUACUGACACAGUGACAGAGAACACACACGAUACGUACACACACUCACUGCAACCUUGCCCUGUGAAUACAUUAUCAGGGACUGUGUUAUACACUGUGGCAUGAAUCUCUGCAUGGUCUAUUGUGGAAUGAGAAGCCAGGACUACAGCCAGGACCUGUCACCCAGAGAUGUAAUUCUUUUAUUUCUUUUUUUUGGCUCAGAGCAACAAUCCAGUCUGAUUAAUGUGAAGCACAUUUUCAUGGUUUUGCACUUCUGUUCUGUUUUUGUUGUUUUACUAAAUUAUUUGAGGCUUAAAUAAAGUUUGUUUUCCAAUCUGC